GAUUUUUCCUUCUUCCAAAUUAAGCAAGAGAAUUACUAGACGGAGCGCUUUUACUCCGACGUCGUUUUAGGUUUGGGCUCAUUAUAUCAUUAAGGCCUGAUAUCUUUUUUUCUUACAACAUUACUUUAUUAGUUAUCAUUAAGGCCUGAUAUCUAUAUGAAUCCAAUCUAGUAAUCUACAUAUGGAUAUGUGUUUCUCUCAUUUUCAAUGUUAACAUUUCUAAAAAGAUAAGUAUACUAUUUUUGAAUAAAAUUAUGGUUUUUUUUUGGAAUAAAAUUAUGAUUUUUUCUGAUAAUAUGUUUAGCCAGGCCCCUGCAAAAUUUAAAACUUCAAACAUUAAUUGAACUAAUUGAAACACCAUCAAUUAAAAGUUAUUAAAAACAAAUCUGUAUAAAAUAAUAUAUUGGGAAAUACCCUAGGAUAACACUAAAAAAGUUUAUGUAACAAAUAUAGACGCUAAGGAUCAAUAUUACUAAAGUGUUUCAUUAAAAAAAUAAAUAUACACUUAUACCCGUAUGAUUAACUAAUUCAAACCUUAGAAUUUAGAGUUAAGGGGUGGAGAUUUGAGAUUGAGAUUUAAAAUUUUAUAAAAUAAAAAAUAAAUAUUAAAACUUUGAAUAUGAAAAUUUUAAAAAUAGUUUCAAAAAGUAUUUUCGGAUUACAAAAAGAAAAUUCAAAAAAAAAAUUCAAAAAAAAAAUUAUAAAAAAGUUUGAAUUUGAUAACAUAUAAUCUAAAACUAUAUAAAAAAAUUUAAUUUUUUUUAUAUAUAUAUAUCUAGGGUAAUAAGAUUUUUUUACCUAUUAAAUAAAAUAUUUUGGUCAUUUUCUUCCUUGUGGUCUAUUUUGUGAUCAAAACUUGAAAAUUGUCUAUGCCCUAAUAUAUUUAUGACAAUGGUUUAAUGUGUAAAAAAUUAGAACAUAUAUUUUUAAGGUACGAAUGUAGUAUAUCACUCUGUCUGUUUCUUAAAAACUUUGUUAAAUUUUGUGGAAUGAUGUGGGUAUGUUUUAGUAAAGUAAAAUGUGUUGAUUUUUCUUUUCCAGUGAAGCUUGCUAAGAAUGGGAGGAAUCAUCGUUAGCAGGAAUGUUUUUAGAGUAACACAACCGAAAAUUCUGUAUAGGAAUGGUUUUUACAAAAGUUAAAAAUAAUAAUUGGGGGUUUUACAAAUCUAUUUUUGGUUGUUCACGUUUAAUUAAUGAUGUUUCCAGGUUAAAACCUUUUAAAAUGGUUAGCUGUGCGUUUCAAACAAAAUGUGAAUCAUUGAAUCUCUAUAAACUUAUACUCAAUAAUGAUUAAAAUCGUCUUAGUCUAUGGUUUAGUCGUUAUCAAGUAUGAGUUGUACCAGAAAUAAAUUAGUAUAAUUCAUAUCCACUUUCUAUAAAACUACUGUACAUUGAUUGCAUUUUAAAAUGAUAGGGUUGUUAUUGUUAAUAAAUAGUAUAAUUUAUCCUAAAGGAACUACAACAAAUGUUUUUCUUUUAAUUUCCCGAAAGCAAAGGGAAUCAAAAAUUAAAAUAGUAUCGACAGAAUGUAAUCCUUUUUCUAGAAAAGCAUAUUCCAUUGUUUAAUGUUCAAAACAAUUAUAAAACUUGAUUCAACCAACCCCUUUGAUUUUAAUAUUCCAUUUAUAUUAUUCACAGUUGAAAGAAUCUUUGUGAAAAUAUACCAUUUAGAAUCAUUCGUUUAUAAAUUCUCUUAAACAAAACAAAUACUCUUAAACAAAUAAUAACAUAUUCUUAAAAAAAACAAAUAAUAACAUAUUGUAUUUAUAUUCAUUACAAUACAUACACGGUCACUAGAUCACCACCGUUUGAAGUUUGAUUAAUAAUUCUAACAUUGGAACUUUAAAGUGAUGUAAUCAUCUAAAUGUGUUGGGCAUUCUUAACCAAUAAUCAGUGACCAAUGAUCUUUCAAUAAAAUUAUUUAAGAUUGUUUUUGCACGGCGUGACUCCGGAAACAUUGCAAUUUUUAAUGCUUAUAAUUUUCCUCAUUUAAAAAACGGAAAUGUCCUUGAUGAUUCUACUAUUGAUAUGUAUAUGUAUUUAUAAUUAUAUUUUAUAUAGAGAGUUUGACCCUUCCGAGUGCCAAAGAGUUAAAAUCUUGCAUCAUCGUACAUAGAAGUAUGUUUACAAGUCUUGCGAAACUUACUUAUAAAUGUGUAAAUAAUGGAAUAUAUUGCAUUUAACACCAAUUGGUUCUUAUAAUCAACGUAUCCACUUAACAAAUUAACCCAUUUGAAUUUUGCUUCAGAAUCUUCGAAAAACAAAGAAAAUUUCAACUUUAGCAGUAACUAGUAGACAUAUAUAUAAGACUAUUCUAAUAAAUUUAUUUUACGAGAUAGCAUAUUGGCAUAAAGAUAUGAUUCCAUUAAAGAAAAUUAUAUUAUUAUAACAUAUAUGAGUCUGCUUGGAUUUUUCUGAUACGGAUUAAGAUAAUGGUAAAGUAUAUGUUAAACCAGCGUGGAGCGUCGAUCAAGAAACGCUUAUAGAUAGACCGUCCGAUGGAUCCUGUUGAAAACAUCAAACCCACGCUUGUCUAUUAGUAUAGCCGAUAAAAAUAGCAUUAAAAGACGGCAAAGUAGGUCCCAUACGCCGGUAGCUCCGUCGUCCCUUUCCUUAUUUAAACUCUUCCCCUUGUAGUCACACUCUCAAAACUCGAAGCAGACAUAAACAGAAACAAAGUGAAAGACACAAAGAGAGAAACUGAAACAGACCAAAGGUCAUAAACAAAGAUGGACGUGUUUGAUGGACUUCCAGAUGCGAUCAUCGUCGAUGUCUUGAACAAAGUUGGUGACGUCAGAACCUUACUUCGUUGUAGUUCCCUCUCAAAACGAUUUAACUCGCUCGUCCCUCAGUCCGAGUCACUCAUCCUCCGACUCGACCAGGUCGGCACAACCGAGUCACAACCCGAUUCUCCCGUCAGCAACAUUUUCACUUCCGUAUUGAAGUCCUUUCACGGUUUGUGUUCUUUAUUCUCUAAACCGGCUAAACCGAUUCCAAUCAAGAAUCUUUCUCCGAACAUCCCUUCCAAGAUUCUCUCCCCGUUUGACCGGGUCAAGAAUCUCGAAGUCGAGCUUCCCGGCGGCGAUGCAAGCCUCGAGAAAGGCGCCGCCGUCAAGUGGAAAGCAGAGCACGGUGAAACUCUCGAAACAUUAGUAGUCGUCGCGUUUCGUUCCGCCUCCACCGAGUCUUCUCCGGCGUCUGCUUCUUCCGACGGCGAGUCAGACGCCGAGUUCGUGACGGGGCUGAAAACGCGCGUGAUGUGGACGAUAAGCGCUUUGAUGGCUGCGUCGACUCGUCAUUUCUUGAUGAGCCAAGUCGUGAAGGAGCACGAAGAGAUGGAGAGUUUGGUGAUACGCGACAGAGGAGGAGAAGGGACGUUGGUGAUGGGAACGGAGGGGCUGAGAGAGUUUCGAAAGAUGGAGGCGGCGCGUGGGGGAGCAGCAGUUGACGAGCGCGUGGAGAAAAAUAGAAGUGUGGUCCCGAGCGUGAGGAUGAGCAUGAGACACGCGCCAUCGCUGAAGCUUAAGAGUGGUAUAUGUUUAGAAUCCGCGACGCUUGUGAUCGUAAGGCCGAGUGAGGGAUAUUCUGAUGACGGAGAUGAUGAGCUGGCGACGGAGGCUUUCGCCGGGAAUUGUAUGUACGGUGAAGCGGUCGUGGCUUUGUUAAAGUGUAAGAAGAAUGCUUUAGAAAUGAACUCUUUUUGAGCUUUUUGUUGGGCCUUUUAAUAGGUCUUGUGGGGGCUUUCUACGUUUUUUCCAUUUGUUAGAAAUGUUUUUCUUGUACGUGUGUGCAUGUGCUCAUUUUUUGUAUAUAGCGUACAAAGUUGGCUUCACUUGACUUAGCGA